CAUGAGUACGAUAACAAAUCAAGAUGGCGGCAGGUUCGUCUGUCAAGUUUACAAGAAACUUUUUACGAUGUUCGAGUAGUUUGACUCGUAUACAAAGAAAUUUAAAACGUUUUCGUAGAAUUACUACUGUUUCUGGAGAUGAACUGGUAAAUUCAGGUCAGGAAAAGGUGCCUUCAGUGGUAAAUGCUGAAAAACCCAAGCCCAAACAGACUCUCUCAAACAUAAACAGCAAGACUUCAUUAUAUCCAAGCUAUAAGGAGUUAAAAGAACUUGAGCAGAAGCCUUUAAAGGUACUUCCAUUUAAUGUUGCAUUUGGUGGAAAAUUUGUUAUUUGGCUGCUUCAAAAAUAUCAAGCAGAAAAAGUUCUUAUUUUGGUCAGAGUAAAAGUUUUAGCAAGGGAACUUUGCCUGGAACUCAAAGAAAAUGGCUUUUCUUGCACAGAAGUUUCCUCACAGGCAGAUAAGGAUUAUGUGAAUGAAAGACUUUCAGAAGAUGGAAUAGUUGUGGCUUCUUACCAGGACACAAGUAUAUGGGAAUCACAUUCACAAGCUGACCUUGUUAUCAUGGUUCAACCACCUCUGGAGAGUCUACCAGUCACAUCCAUGUUCUUGAGACACCUAAAUAUCGAAUCUUCCAAGGGAAUGGCUGUCAUGCUCUACAACCAAAAUGAUUUGGAAUUCAUAAAGCAGAUUCAAAAAUACGUAGAUGUAAUAAAAAUCAACCCGCCAUCAUUCUAUAGCGUCCAGCAUUCAAACAGCACUAACGUACAACUGGAUCCCUCGUCUGUUACUGUACCUGCCCUACCAAAAAGCGAACCUUUAUCAGACUUGGAGAAACCAAUACCAGCCAAGAUCCCGCAAUACGCCUUAUAUCGUCCAGCGGUACCCGUUCCUCGAUCGGUUUCAGAGCGAACCAGGCUAAACGACCGUGCUCGCCUGUACGUCCGAGGUGGGAGUGGUGGCCAGGGAUCUCCUACUUAUGCUGGACUGGGUGGGGAUGGGGGUCACGUGAUUCUUCAGUGCCAAGAGGGGGCAAGUCUACAGCACUUUGUCUUAAAAGAAAACAGACGGCUUAUAGCAAGUCAUGGUGAACAUUUUGCGAAAGAAAAGAGAAAGAAAAAAGGACGGCGAGGCCUGGAUCUUGUCGUACCAGUCCCCCCUGGAAUCACUGUAUCAACGGACGAUGGGCAUGUUGUUGGUCAGUUGAAUUCAGUAGGAUCCAGGCUCGUAGUCGCACAAGGAGGAGAAGGUGGAAACCCAUCGAGAGAAGGCUGGUGCGGGGAGAAAGGAACACCACUGAUGAUAAACCUUGAUCUCAAGUUGAUUGCUGAUGUUGGACUGAUUGGGUUUCCAAAUGCUGGCAAAUCCACUCUUCUUGGUGAGCUGAGUCGAGCAACAGUCAAAACUGGGGACUUCCCUUUUACGACAAUUCGUCCAUCAAUAGGAAUGCUGGAGUUUCCAGAUCUUUUCCAGGUGAGCAUAGCUGAUCUACCAGGGCUAGUGGAAGGAGCGCACUACAACCGAGGAAUGGGACAUAAAUUUCUGAAACACGUUGAAAGAACGAAAGUGUUGGCUCUAGUGGUUGAUAUUAACGGCUUCCAGUUGUCUGAGAAACACCCACAAAGAACAGCAUUCCAAUCCUUGUGCCUUCUAGUAAAAGAACUAUAUUCGUAUGAUAACAGUCUUGCAUACAGACCUAAGAUACUGUUACUGAGUAAGAUGGAUACAGAUGAUGCUGAUAUAAAGUAUAAUGAGUUUAUGGACGAGCUAAAGUCGCUCAAUGAACGAGGUUUAUUCAAUGUUUUACAGGAAAUUCCACCCGAUGUCCACUUACAGGAAAUAGCUAAGAAGCAAAAGCCCAGGGAUUUGACUACUGACAGUAUUAAAUUUGAACAAGUCAUACCAUUGUCUUCUAUAUCAGGNCAAGGGUUGGAAGAGGUUAGACAACGACUCAGGGAUAUGAUAGCUUGGUAAUAAUGAUUUGAACAAGUCAUUCCACUGUCUUCUAUAUCAGGACAAGGGUCAGAAGAGGUUAGACAACGACUCAGAGAUAUGAUAGCUUGGUAAUAAUGAUUUGAACAAGUCAUACCACUGUCUUCUAUAUCAGGCCAAGGGUCAGAAGAGGUUAGACAACGACUCAGGGAUAUGAUAGCUUGGUAAUAAUGAUUUGAACAAGUCAUUCCNACUGUCUUCUAUAUCAGGCCAAGGGUCAGAAGAGGUUAGACAACGACUCAGGGAUAUGAUAGCUUGGUAAUAAUGAUUAGAACAAGUCAUACUACUGUCUUCUAUAUCAGGCCAAGGGUGAGAAGAGGUUAGACAACGACUCAGGAAACGAAUGAGAGAACGGACGGACGAAAGAAAGAAAAAGUCAAAAGAAAGCGAAUUCAAAAUUUAUACAUUUAUUUGUAUUUCUUUAUUAAUUAUGUACACCAAACGUCAGUAAAAUAUACAUAAAGUAUACAUUUUAGUAUACUCAUUUUCUGCCGUAAGCUUUAAAUCCUUUCUUCUCAGUUCUUUCCCGUUUUUACUCCAGUUUUGCUCUUUUAGCUGCAAUCUCCCGAUCCUAAAGGGACAGAAAAGGUAUCUAAAUGAAUAUCAGAGCUAUAGGAAUAAUGAACGACAAAAGUAAUUGUAAUGCUGACUUACAGUGCCGUACUCGUAAUAGUGAGGGGCCAAUUCGUAAAGCCAGGAUGGUUCAAUCUGAAAAGAUAAGCGAUGUAUAUUUUUCCAUAUUUUAGUAUUUGUAAAUAUUUGACGCUGAAACGAGGCGAACACUGAGUAAAUGAAUGAGUUGCAUUAAGAAGAGACGUCUGUAUUUUACAAUUGCCAGAGGUCUAUUAUAAGAUUUCAUAUUUGCUGGUUCCGAGUUUAAAGACUUAAUAAAUUACUGCUUCUUAAUAGCAUGUAGUCGCGAUAAAAUAGGGUUUUAGUGGACGUCAAUCAAAGUGUUUCUAUGACAUUGUCGGAAACCACAAAGUUUCCAUGGGACGUGUCUAUAGAAUAUCAUGGAAACGCAAUGAUUGACGUCCACUAAAACCUACUUCGUCGCGACGACGAUUCCGCGUAUACCAUUAAGAAGGACUGUUAUGAUUUCACUUCACAUAUAUAGAUCUAUGGUUCGUAUUAGAAGCAGUGAUUUGUACCUUUGUAACAUCUCUCAUGUAAUAUUUCGACGUCUGUAGGAUCUCGUGAUAAAUGACCCUGGAAAGAAACAGGUUUUACCGGUAAAAACAGUUUGAUCAUAGUACGUGGCGGUCGUAAAGUAGUGAUUUUACUUGGCCCGUGAAACGAAGUUGUAUAUUUAGUGACUACAGUAAUACUACAACAAAAGAAAACAAUGGAAUUUGUGUCUACUACUGUGUAUAACGUUGACUAUUCUUUUAAGGGCGAAGUAAGAUCACCCUACGUAUAGAGUAUGUGCAUGUUACGUCAUUGCCGCCAUCUUGGUUGAAGAUAACAAAGCAUUCCUCAUUAGCUUCUCUUGUUAGAUCAACCAACAUGGCGGAUUUUGAGUCAAAUUGCUGCACACACUGUAUAACCAAUAGAUUUUUUGUACCCGAAAAGACAAUAAAGGGGAAAGAUUGUUUCUCGGAA